AUGAACGGCCACGCAACUGCACUGUCAGAGUCGUGCUUCGACGUGAUUAUCGUUGGUGCAGGUAUUUCGGGCAUCAACGCCGCCUAUCGCAUCCAAGAGCAGCUGCCUAACUUCAGCUAUGCGAUCCUCGAAGCUCGCGAGGACCUGGGUGGUACUUGGGACUUGUUCCGCUACCCUGGCAUCCGCUCAGACUCGGAUCUGUUUACCUUCGGCUUCGCCUUCAAUCCUUGGAACCACUCCAACCCCAUCGCAGAGGGCUCCGCGAUCAAGCAAUACAUGCACGACACCGCCCGGAAGUAUGGUAUUGAGGAGCACAUCCUAUUCCGUCACCGUCUGUCGUCUGCCGGCUGGUCUACAACCGAUAAUACCUGGUCACUGUCCGUCGAUGCGGACGGUUUACCCAAGACCAUGACCGCGCGCUUCGUGAUCUUCGGCACCGGCUACUACGACUACAAGCAGCCCCUGCAGGCUAAGAUCCCCGAUCUGGACAACUUCCAGGGGCAAGUGAUCCACCCGCAAUUCUGGCCCGAGGACCUCGACUAUAAGAACAAGAAGGUCGUAAUCAUCGGCAGUGGCGCCACCGCGAUCACUCUCCUGCCCAAUCUGGCCGACGAGGCGGCGCGUGUGACAAUGCUGCAGCGUAGUCCGACGUAUAUAAGGUCGAUUCCCAACCGAAGCAGCAACGGCAGGCUAUCCUACCUGCUGCCAUCGGGCAUCUACCACAGACUACAACGCGAGAUCUGGAUCCUAAGAACGCGACUCUUCUUCCUCUUCUGCCAACACUUCCCCUCUUUGGCGACAUGGAUGCUGAAGCGAGCCGUGAAACAGGAACUCCCCGGCCACAUCGCCUACGACCCACAUUUCAAGCCCUAUUACAACCCCUGGGACCAGCGAAUGUGCGUCUGCCCAGAUGGCGACUUCUUUACCAGCCUGCGCCUUGGCAAGGCUGACGUCCGCACCGACACCAUUAAAACCGUGACCGCGAAGGGCAUCACCCUCAACGCGGGUGAGACGCUCGACGCGGACAUCAUCGUCACCGCGACAGGACUCAAGCUGCAGAUCGCCGGUGGCGCCGCGUUAAGCGUGGAUGGGCAGAAGAUCGACAUCAGCUCGAAGUACCUGUGGAACGGAGUCAUGCUGCAGGAUCUUCCCAACGCCGCCUUCGUGAUCGGAUACACCAACGCUUCGUGGACACUGGGUGCCGACGCCACCGCACAAUGCAUCACCCGCAUUCUCAAGACACUCGAGUCGCGCAAGCUCGUCGCUGCCAUCCCGCGCGUGGACCCCCAGCUGAACCUCCAGGAGCUUCCGCUGCUGAAGCUCACCUCGACAUACCUCAACGCCGGUCCCCGUGUUCUGCCUCGCGCGGCGGAUCGGGGUCCUUGGCAGCCGCGGGAUCACUAUGGCAAGGAUAUUCGCUUCGCGAAGAAGGGGAACAUUGACGAUGGGCUGGAGUUUGUGCAGGGCCCCAGUCUGCAUUUGCGAAAGAACGUGGCUUGA